AUGGGCUUUACCAAAUCUGUGCUGCAAGAUCCUGAUGUGCUUGAAAGGCGUCGGAACAGGUUUCUAAAGGACGAGUACCAUAGCAGACUUUCAAAAAAUGCAGAGUUCGGCCUGAUCAGUCGAGGGGAGGACCUCCGGUUGCAGCAAAACGAAUCUGCUCGAAGAGAUCUCUUCACCAAAAUUCAGCUCAACAUCAAGAACAAUGCCAAACCAGAUUCAAUCCUCAUGGACUUUCGCAAACUGAGGGAAAGUCUUCUUUCUCAACCGCACACCGACUUUGCAAAAGACGUGUUUCUGAACUCGAUCCAAUAUUCUGCCUCAAUAGGCCAUCAUCAGUCGUACGUCCCCAGUAUAAUGCAUCUAAUGGAGGCCGAGAAAAAAAACCAACUCAUGUCCAGCACUGAAAAAGAACUAGUGCUGUCGAUUCUGGCAUUACACAAGGCUCAUUACAACGGACAAUUCGAGUCCGUUUUUGAAUUACUAUUGCUGAACUUUGACAUCGUGCCAAACUUUGGUAAGCUUGCUUCAUGCGUUCCCGAGGCUGCCUUCUUUGCAACUUACGCUCUUAUGACUAAAGAUUUCUAUCUCUGGACGCGCCAAUAUAACUUCUUGUCGAAGAAUCCUUGCUACAAGUCUGUAAUGGAUUUGAGACUCAAAGCAUUCAGACAGACGGAAGUUGACACGCUGCAUCGAUCGUAUUUUAUGCUAAAUAAAAGAGUGUUACUGAACUUUGUGAAUGCAUCAUGGGAGGAACUCUGCAAAGAUCACAAUAUUGAGUGGAUGCUGGAGAACGAUACGGUUACUAUCCGUCGCAGGAAAUAG